AUGGAUUCCAAGCUUCCAUACGACAUGAAGAUGGAGAUUCUGUCACGAACAUCAUUAAAAACUCUUGAUGCCAUACGUUGUUCAAACAAAGAAUUCAACAAGUUAUCAUAUGAUCCGUGUCUUCUCAACAUGUACAAGAAAAGAAACAACAUCGUCUCCGGUUUAAUCCUACAAACCGACUCCAAAUGCAUACAAUUCAUACCGUCACGUGAAUCCAGCAGUCUUGAUCUUAGUUUUCUACCAAAAUUUGCUCGUAUCCUAGCAUCUUCCAAACAAGGAAUCUUGGUGUUGGAGACUAAUACUCCUAGAAGGGUUUUGUACACUAUUUGUAAACCUGCGACUAAACAGAUUUUAUUGUUGCCGCCUAAUCUCAUAAAAACGUAUAAAACCAUCAUGGUUGCGGUUGUCGUUGUCCGUUCUACGCCAUUGCGAUACAAGAUCGUGAGAUUAUGCCAACCCGGAUACAGUGAACGUUUGAUUUGGCCGAGUACAUAUUGUUGUGAAGUCUUCGACUCAAUCACAUGGACAUGGAGACAACUAAGUCAUGUAACAUUGCCACAUAGUGUGUUCUUGAUUGGACCAUCGAUCACCGCUAGGGGUUCAAUCUACAUUUUAUUGACGAAUAAUGAUGUCAUGAAGUUCGACACAUAUUCGGAAGAAUGGACAACCUUUUCAUCCCCAAAUACAACCCGCGACAUUGAGCUGUACCCUUAUCGGAAGCUCGUAAAGUAUGAAGGCAAAUUAGGGUUUGCCUGUAAACAACUUAACGGUUUUUGGGAGUUUUGGGUUCUCACGAUUGAUGAAACAUGGGAGAAAACAUAUGUUUUGAACAAAGAUGAAGAUACAAUGGUGUCGCUCAACCGUUUAUAUGAUUCAAAUACGAGUGUUACGCUGGAUGAUAACAAAGUUAUAUUCCACGGGUUAGGAGACGAAAAUAUGACAAGUAAUGUCAUAUCGAGUCCUCCACAUUGUGAGGCGUUCUUGUUGCGAUCAGAUUUUGAACCAGUUGAUUUUGGAGAGAACAAAUGUCUAUGAUAGACUUAAAAAGAGACAAUCACAUGUAGUAGAGUU